AUGGCGGCUGUGCUGGAAACCCUAAACGUGCCACGAGCCUCCGCUGUUCCAUCGGCAUGCUCGGCUCCGGUGGUCGGGUCCUCCGUUCGGCCCCGCGUCUCCCUCAGAUCCUCGGAUUUCAGAGGCCUGAAGAUCCAUCCUGCGCGGUCAUCAGCUCCGUUGAGCUCGAGAUUGAGGCUCGAUCGCCGUGGCGGCCGAAUCGUCUGCGAGGCGCAGGAAGCAGCUCUCGAAGUGCCUGCCGUUACAGAUUCCUCCUGGCAGUCCAAUGUGCUCCAGUCCGAUUCUCCCGUUUUGGUCGAAUUUUGGGCACCUUGGUGUGGGCCAUGCCGCAUGAUCCACCCAGUUAUCGACAAACUGGCCAAGCAAUAUGCUGGGAAACUCAAAUGCUACAAGGUUAACACGGACGAGAGCCCCUCGAUUGCUACCCAGUAUGGAGUCCGAAGCAUCCCUACCGUCAUAAUAUUUAAAAAUGGAGAGAAGAAAGAAGCAGUCAUUGGUGCAGUCCCCGAGUCGACGCUAGUAACCUGCAUUGAAAAGUUCUUGUGA